CACAUCAAGAUCAGUGUUGCAGUGGAGGCUGCAAGGCCUGGGUGGCCGGGACCAGCAGGAGCAGACUGCCACUGGUGUGAGGAUCAAGGUGGUCAGAAGAACCACCUCCGCCACUGUUGGCAUCUCCAGCCAUAAAGGAAAGAAACUUGGAGUGUGAGAUCUGAGACUGAAAGCACGAUCACAUGACACAGCCUUGCACACACUGGUGAAGGAAAGCAUGAAUGCCAAGGGUGUGGGAGAAGACUCCCUGGGAAGGAUGACCUCAACAAGUACACCCUCACACUCUGGUGGAAGACUUCAUGAACGCCAUGAUGGUGGUAGAAAAUUAAGUAAGAAUAGGACCCUUAACACACACACCCUUACACACACUGGUGAAAGAAACCAAGAAAGAGAAGUUAGUGGAAAAGGAUCCAGUGUGAAGAGUUCCUUCAACCAACGCACUGUUAGAUACAAUGGUGAAAGAAAUCAUCAAUGUGGAGUUUGUGGAAGACAGUUUGCUCUGAAGAGUGUCUUCAACAGACACAUUCAUAUACACGCUGGUGAAACAAAUUAUAAAUGUGAUGAAGUAUUCAGGGGGAAGUCUGAAAUGAACAAACACACACUCACACACACUGGUGAAAAAAAUUAUGGAUGUGAAUUUUGUGGGAAACAAUUUACUCUAAAGGGUAACCUCAACAAUCACACACUCACACACACUGGUGAAAAAAAUCAUGAAUGUGAAUUUUGUGGGAAACAAUUUACUCUGAAAAGUACCCUCAACACACACACCCUUACACACACUGGUGAAAAAAAUCAUCAAAAAAAUCAUGAAUGUGAAAUUUGUGGGAAACGAUUUACUGUAAAGAGGAACCUCAACGACCACACCCUCACACACACUGGUGAAAAAAAUUAUCAAUGUGAAAUUUGUGGGAAACGAUUUACUCAGAUGAGUAACCUCAACAGCCACACCCUCACACACACUGGUGAAAAAAAUCAUGAAUGUGAAUUAUGUGGAAAGCGAUUUGCUAAAGAGAGUUACCUCAACAGACACACUCUCGCACACACUGGUGAAAAAAAUCAUGAAUGUAAAUUUUGUGGGAAACGAUUUACUCAGAAGUGUAACCUCAACACCCACACCCUCACACACACUGGUGAAAAAAAUCAUCAAUGUCAAUUUUGUGGGAAACGAUUUACUCUGAAGCGUACCCUCAACAAACACACCCUCACACACACUGGUGAAAAAAAUCAUGAAUGUGAAAUUUGUGGGAAACGAUUUACUGAAAAGAGUACCCUCAAUGACCACACCCUCACACACACUGGUGAAAAAAAUCAUGAAUGUAAAUUUUGUGGGAAGCAAUUUACUCGGAAGUGUAACCUCAACAGCCACACCCUCACACACACUGGUGAAAAAAAUCAUGUAUGUAAAUCUUGUGGGAAACGAUUUACUCUGAAGAGUCACCUCAACAAACACACCCUCACACACACUGGUGAAAAAAAUCAUGAAUGUGAAUUUUGUGGGAAACGAUUUAUUGAGAAGAGUCACCUCAACGACCACACCCUUACACACACUGGCGAAAGACCUCAUGAAUGCUUAGAGUGCGGCAAAAGGUUCACUACGAAGACUCAUUUGAACAUACAUACCUUCAGACACUCUGGCCUGAGAAAGUUCAAGUGUGAUGUUUGUGGGAAACAUUUCAAGGUUAAGAGGGAUAUUGCCCAACACAUGAAGAUCCACUUCCCCUGAGGUGUUGUGUUGUGCUGCAGUGCUGCUGUAUUUGGGAGUGUAGGUGGAGGUGGUGUUAAGUAAGCAUAUUUAUUUGGCCUAUGUGAUGUACACAGAUACAGU